AUGGAGGGUAGGGCAGACUCGCCCUCGGUCGCCGUCAUGCCGCCGUCGCUGUAUCCGGCGCCUCCGGAAGAAGAGGGGGAUUCACCGCAAUUGGAUGCUUCGGAGGAAGAUGAACUGGAUGUUGACCAAGACGACGCCCAGUCGUUCCUCCAGCCGGCCAUCAGCCCUCUAGCAACCCUUCUCACUUCGCCGAAGACUCCAACGGCUGAUAAAGUCGCGGCUUUCGAACGCCGGUCUGCGGGACUCUUUGAGAUGCUGGAGAGUGACGAGCCGAGUCAAGACGGGCGGACGGUGCCAGUGCCCGGCGGCGUGUCCGAGGAGUCCGAUAACCCACCUGAAGGCCGGUCGCCGCUGGUACUUCCGGCGCCGUGGCAAGCUGGGCCGAAGCAGUUCAUGGUUUCCGAAACCGGCCGGUUUCGAUCAUCCAUGGCCGCGGCAUUUCAAACACAAUCAAGACAGCAUCGCUCACAAUCAGCCGGAGAGAGUGCUCUGAAAAGGCUAUCAAAGGCCUUGCCAUCCAUCUCGAUCCCCUCUGGCCUCAUUCCCAACAUCCCGACGCCGACCUUCUUCUCGUCUAGCGCGAGUUCGCCGCAGAAGGAUUCACACGCAUCGCAGCCUCAAACAUCGACAGAACUUUUAUCACCUCUCACUCCUUUCCCGGUCCGACCGGAUUCUGCAAGACCUCGAACCCUACGACACACAACUUCGGACGACUCUCUUCUCUACCACACACUAUCCCGCGUGUCUUCACUCGGGGACGAUGAACGGUUUGCUCAUGUUCGCGAGCAAGUGAAUGUGCGAAUCAAGGCCAUCAAGGACAGCUUCGAUGGUCCCUCGUUCAAGUUACCUCAGAUGCCGAGUUUGCUUAACACGCCGCUGAAGAAGUCGGCAACUGAUCCCACGCCAGGCGUCCACCCGUCGGGUUCCAUGCAGCAGGGCCAACGUGCGAACCUAGACCCUCUGGACGCGGUGCUGGAGUCAUUGACCGGAGACAUUGUGGUGAUGGGCGGGUACAGGGGCUCUGUUUUGCGGUCGGCCAAGGCUCCUCAUAGGCGAUUGUGGGUGCCGGUCAAGGUUCAACUUGGAGUCCGAAAGGUUAACCUGGAAGUUGGACUGGAUCCUGAGGACGAAGAGAACAUGGAGAAGAGCAUCAUUGCCGACGGAAUGCUCAAAAGCGUUGGCCCCGUUGACAUCUCGAAGCGGCUUUUCAAGAAAUUGAGGGAGUGUGAGAACGCUCGCACCGGCAAGCUCAGGGUGCACGACUACGGCUAUGACUGGAGGCUCAGCCCCCAUUUGCUGUCGCGAAAGCUAGUCGAGUUUCUCGAGAAGCUACCUUCUAACCAACCGGGUGUCCCGAAGGAACAACGCGGCGCCCUUGUUAUUGCGCACAGUCUCGGCGGAGUCAUUACACGGCAUGCGGUGAAUCAACGCCCAGAGCUCUUCUCGGGCGUCUUGUACGCCGGCGUGCCGCAGCGGUGCAUCAACAUUCUCGGGCCACUCCGCAACGGCGAUGCUGUCUUGUUGAAUGAGAAGAUCCUAACGGCGCAAGUCCACUUCUCGCUACGAACAACAUUCGUCUUUCUCCCGGAAGACGGCUUCGCCUUUGUCGACAAGGUCACCAAGGAACCAUACAACAUCGACUUCUACAACGUCGAAGACUGGAUCAAAUACCGCAUCUGCCCCUCCGUCUCGGAGCCCGCACUCCCCGCCCUCUCACGCAGCAGCACUUUCGGCUCCCUCCUCAGCCUGUCCGACUCCCUCCCAAGCCUUCCCCUCCGCAGCCGAAGCGGCACCCAAAGCAAGAAGAACAAUUCCGGGUCAGAGAUCAAGGACCUCGUCUUCAAAGACCGGACCCUCGCCCCCCAACUCAACAGCUCCUCCGCCACCACCACCACCACCACCACCACCACCACCGCCGCCGCCGCUGCCGCCGCGGACUCAUCCGACUCCUCCCCCGACACAGCACCAUCCACCUCCAAGACCCGGCCCGCAUCCGCCGUCCGCGCGCGCAACAUCGCCUACCUGACGCGCACGCUGGCCGAGACCAAACAGUUCCGCGCCGAGCUCGCGCACGUCCCCGCCCGCCAGGAGGCCAACGCCUACCCGCCGCUGGCCGUCAUCUACGCCAAGGACAUCCCGACCACCUACGCGGCGGGCGUGGCGAGCCGCGAGGGGAUCGCCUGCGCCGAUGCGUAUGAGGAUCUGCUGUUUGCGAGUGGGGAUGGGGUUGUGCUGGCGAGGGAGGCCAUGUUGCCGGCUGGCUAUGAGGUUGUGCGUGGGGGCCGGGUGUGUACGGAUCGUGGGCAUAUUACGAUGUUGGGGGAUUUGGCCGGGGUGGGGAGGGGGUUGGCUGCGUUGGUUAGGGGACGGGGGAAGGGGAUUGGGUUGGGGAGGAAGGUGUAA